AUGAAUAAUUUGCCCCUGUUUGAUGAAUUGCAGCCUUGCAGCCUACCUGAAAUUGAAGAUUUUGCAUAUGGGAAGCAAAGCAGUUUUUCUCGUUCGAAUGAAGUACAGCCUCCUUCCGACUGGGAAAAGGUCAUUGAAGGAAUUCGCAAAAUGAGGUCUUCUGAAGAUGCGCCUGUGGACUCGAUGGGGUGUGAGAAAGCCGGCGUUUCACUUCCUCCCAAGGAAAGGAGAUUCGCAGUUCUCAUUUCUUCUCUGUUGUCGAGCCAAACGAAAGAUCAAGUUACUCAUGGCAAAGCUAUUCAGCGGCUCCUUCAAAACGAUUUGCUUUCAGCAGAAGCCCUCGACAAAGCUGAUGAAGGUGCCAUCAAGGAAUUAAUCCACCCUGUCGGUUUUUAUUCAAGAAAAGCAAGCAACAUGAGAAAAGUCGCAAAAAUUUGUCUCGACAGGUACAAUGGAGAUAUUCCUAGCACAUUAGAGGAGUUGCUCGAGCUUCCCGGGAUUGGCCCCAAAAUGGCUCAUCUGGUCAUGAAUGUGGGAUGGAACAAUGUACAAGGAAUAUGCGUAGACACUCACGUGCACCGUAUCUGUAAUCGCCUCGGAUGGGUUUCACGUCCGGGCACUAAGCAGAGAACUUCAACGCCCGAGCAGACGAGAGAAUCUUUGCAGCUAUGGCUUCCUAAGGAGGAAUGGGUUCCCAUCAAUCCUCUUUUGGUAGGUUUUGGGCAGACCGUGUGCACUCCGCUUAGACCGCUUUGUGGCAUAUGCGCAGUGAGUGGGUUUUGCCCGUCGGCCUUCAAAGAGGCACCUAGCCCGUCGUCCACACCAAAGAAAAAAUGAGCCAAGCAUUCGUAGAUUGUUUGCACAAAGUUUGUAGAAUUUUGAUGUAUAACUCAUUGUUUUGUUAAGGCUCUCUUGCAAUUGUAUGUUGUGAGGGUGAAGGUAAUGUAGAGUUUACCUUGAAAAAACCCUAGUAAAUAUGGCCUUUAGAUUUUAAUUAUCUUACUUGUAAGGCUACCAUGAAUUUCUCAAAUGUGUUUGAAUAUGUAUGAUGAUUGGGGCUGGCCUAGUUGGUAAUUUUAAAAUAUUUUGGACAUCACAAUAGUAUUGUUUAUUUUUUUUAAA